UCGGACUUCUGUUUCCGGGUUCAGCCUCGAAUGUGAGCAUUCUUGUCGUCUGCUAGACACGGAAAUGGCGUGGUGACAGGAAUUUACUCUCAACUUUCGCAAUGCCCGUACCCCAUACUGUACGCACUCUGAAGCAAGCAUGUCUUCGCAACAUAUCAAAGAACAUGGAUCGACUAUGGAGUGCAGACUUCGACCGUCUCUUCGCGGAUACCCCACGCCUUUACUAUGUUCUGGGCCCAUUCGAUUACAUGACUUCUGAAAUGAUUCAAGAACUUCUGGACACCCUGUGUGCUGACCACCGAGUAAGAAGGUCACACAUGCAUCUUCUUCUCACUGGCCGCCUUAAGGAACUGGACUUCAGCAAGUGUUCAAACAUGACUAGCAUGCUACAUCUAGUUGGCAUCAGAUGCCAGAAGCUGACAAAGUUAGACCUCUCCAACUGCAGUGUAGCCAGCCAAACUGUUCUGUGCAGUAUUUUUCAAAGUCUUCCAUUGCUUCGCUGGCUGAAUCUACGUCAGACAAAGACCAAUGACCAGGGUUUUAACCACUAUUCUAUCUUCAUGCAAGAAACUACAACAUCUGAAUCUAUUUGCCUGUCCUGUUACUGA